AUGGAGAAUUAUGAUCAUGUGGAAGAGUCUGGAAUGUACGAUUUCUGGAAGACGCAACAACAGCAUCACGAGAAGAAGCAUAAUCAGGGGGGAGUGGCGAUGAUGUCGUCAACAUCAACGGAGACACCAGGACUGAGAAAGCAGCUGCCACAAGCGGCAGCAUCAGGAGGAGGGAGGAUGUUCUCGUGUCUCUACUGUCCAAGAAAGUUCUACACUUCGCAAGCUCUGGGCGGCCAUCAAAACGCUCACAAACGUGAAAGAGCCGCCGUCCGCCGAGCCGCCGCCUCUUCCGCUUCCGCUUCUGCCGCCAUUGAUUCAUCAUCCGCAGCUUGCUGUUAUUAUCCAGCUGGCGUUAUGGACAGCCAGAUGCCUGCCACUACUGUUUACUGGGCCCCCCAGUAUCCACCACCACAAGCACCUCAAUGCCUGCACUGCUACUCCACCACAACAGCCGCUGCUCCUGCCACACCUGAUCAGAACCCCCACCACCAGCCAGGUCCUUUCGCUCUCUUCUCCAAUCAUCUCCAAGCUUCUGCUGCUGUUGUUGAUGAGUAUGAUAAUAAUGACCACUCAGCUUCUGCUCAUCUCGACCUCACUCUUCGUUUAUAA